AUGACUCGCGCAAUCGACGCUGCCGCCAUGUCGGACUCGGCGCCAUCGUCGUCGUCGGACGAGGCGGACAUCCACACGCUCGCCAACAUCGCCACCGCUCGAUGGCAGCACCACCACGCCAACUCCACCACCAACCACCGCCGUUCGCCAGACCUAGCGACCCGCAACGACGACUUGAGCGCGGUGGAUGCAGACGCACCUUCGACUUCGGCCGCGGCGGCUCGAUCGUCUGCACCGAGUCGACACGACCGUCGCGCAUCCAAGGCGUGCCAGGCGUGUCGCGCGCGCAAGACUCGAUGCGAUGCACAGCGACCAAAGUGCUCCUACUGCCGCAAGCACGACAUCGACUGCCACUACGUCGCAGGCGACCUCCGCAAGCAACGGCCCUCCAAGCGGAGGCGCUCCUCGAUCCAGCCCGACCAUAUCCGGGACGAGUCGGUCCCACCACCACCACCGCCGCCGUCGCUGCCAGCCCAUCGCGCCUCCCCGCAAGAACGUGUGGAGCACUCGUACGCUCCAUCCAUGGGCGCUGCCUAUGUUGCCUCUUCUCAUCCAGCCUCGUCGACCCGCGACGCCCACUCGGUCGCUUCGUCGCACUCGAGCGCAUGGCCUGCCCUCCCCACCGCCUCGGUGGUCACCUCGGUGCCCGACGCAGCCACCGCAGAAGACGUCCAGUUCCUGCCCAACGAUCUCAUCGAGGCUCUUUCCGGCAAAGUGGCGUGGUUCGACGAGCUCGAACGUCAGUCGGCCACAUCCAUCACCGACGCCACGCGCAUCCACGACACCACCACCGCGCACAACAUCUGGUCCACCGCUUCCGACGUGGCUGCCUUUGACCCCAUGCUCGCCGACCUGCUUCACCAAGCUGCACCGUCGGGCAGUGCAGCACCCGCGGGCAAGGACCGCAUCAUCCAGCUCCACUACUUUCGCUCCUUCAGCGGCGCCACCGCGGUCACGCAGGGGCUCAAGAAAAUCAGCGUCCGCAUCCGCGUCCCCGCCGAGCUCGAGUCGAUGCUCAUCGAGGCGCAGAAUCGAACCAACUUGUUCGACCCAGCCGCUUCCGGGCUCGAUCCACAGACGCUCAACCUGCAUUCCUUGCUCGGCACAUCGCGCUUCAUGCCCUCGCCCAAUCCCGCCGCCGCGUCCACCAGCGCCGCCGCCCAUCGCACCGCUUUCCCCGCAAUGCACGAGGCCCAUACGCCCUCGGCGCUCUCUUCCGCAGCGUAUGCAGAGGACCUUCCCGAGGCGCCUCUGCGCGAUCUACUCAUUUCUCGCUUCUUCCUACGUCUCGCAGAUCACUUUCCCUUUCUCAGCCGCUAUACCCUCGAGGCGCAGCUCGCCCGUGGCAGCCAGGUGAAUCCGGCGCUCAUCAACGCCAUGUGUGCCCUUGCCGCGCGAUUCGUCGAGCCGUACGAAACCACGAUGCUGUCACCCGCUGCCGCUGGAACAGGCGGUUCGGUCAAUGCUUCCAACGACCCCGACGCCACCGCCGACUCGGUGUUCGGUUCGGCCAAACCGCACUCGCGCGGGCUGCGCUUUGCCGAGCGGGCCAAAUCGUACAUGAUGUCGUCCAUCACGCUCCCGUCGGUCACCACGGUGGCAACGCUGGUGCUGCUGGCGUGGCACGAGUUUGGCGUCAACUCGGACUCGGGCUUGUGGAUGUUUGCCGGCAUGGCCAUCCGCAUGUCCAUCGACCUCGGCCUGCAUCGUCGAGCCAAGAACAACUGGUUCACCGCCGCACCACGUGCAGACGCAAACGACCUCAUCCAGCCCCAACCGCUCUUCUGGUGCGUCUUCAUCCUCGACCGCACGCUCUCCAUCGGCACAGGUCGGCCCACCAGCCUCAAGGACCAGGAAAUCACACUCGACUAUCCACGCACCGUCCUGCCCAUCCACCCCGCGCGCAAACAGACCUCCAAUGCUGCAAGCGAGUCUGCGGGCUCGAGUCGUAGCUCCUCGACUCGGCCGUCGGUGUUUGGCCACCUCACGCGGCUCAUGCAAAAGGCAGGUGCGCUCGCCGAGAUCGCCAACAACCUCGGCGAGGACGACGAUCCACACCCGCUCGAAGAGCUGGACAAGCUCGAGGCGGACAUGAUUGGCGACUACGACGCGCUGCCCGCAGGCCUCAUGCUGGGCGAAGAUCAGCUGCGCACCUCGAGCGAGCCGCGCUGCUUGCUCUCGCUGCAUCUGUGGUUCCACCUGCUGCUCAUGCUCAUGAACCGCCUGCCGCUCAGUCGGUUGCGAGCCAAGCCCGUGGCGUCCGACGAGAGCCGCGAGAUCCUGCGCCAUGCAUCGCAGCAGAUCCGCAACGCCGUGCUGUACGCCAACGCGGUGGAUCCCAUGAUCCACCUCGGCUGUCCCUUUACCAACCAGGCAUUUUGCCUCGCCGGCGGUUUCGAAGCCAGCAUGGCGGCGACGCUGCAGAGGCACGAACAGCUUGCUUCGAGCACCGCCGCAGGCAGACGGAGCGGUAACAGCAGUGGUAGGGCUAGUCCUGCGCCUCGAUCGCUCGCCACGCUGCGCGCGCGGUUGCGCGACGAUGGAGGCAAGGGUGCCAGGUCGUUGUUCGUCCAGUCGCACCUCGAGGCGUACCAGCGCUGCGUCGAUGCGCUCGACAAGCUCACCGAGACGUGGCUCGGCGUCACAUGGAUCGCCAAUGCACUCAAGGCGCGCAAGACCGACGAGACACCCGACGCCGCGCUCAACGGCAGCGCCAGUGCGGGCGGAUCAGCUGCCGGAGAGACGAUGCUCUCGCUCUCGGAACUCAAAGUGCUACUGCGCCUGGCCGCUUCCACCGUCUCUUCGACCGAGCAGCCCAUGUCGAUCCUCGAGGACUCGUCCAACGGCGCUUCGGGUUCGACCUCGGGCUCGUCCAACUCGGCGCCCAGCUGGACCUCGCCGCCUACGCAGCCGGGCAAAACGACCGCAGCCGCCGCAGCCCCGACGCACGCCGACCAUCAUCUGCGCCCACCACCCUCGCGUCCGUCUAGCAUAACCCCGUGGGCUUCCCACGCAGCGUCCUUCGAGCAUAGCGUCGGCGCGACCUCGAUGCCGCAGCACGGUGCGCUGGUCGAGAUCAGCGACAUUAGCCAUCCCGACGACCUCUCGCACUUUCUCCCCUUUCUCUCGCGUCCGCUUCCCUAA